AUGGCAGUGCUUGUUCCGACGGUUCCAGCCAACUGGACGCACUCGGGCAAUUUCAGCUGGGAAGAUUGGGAGACAACGACGUCCAUCACAAUAUCCACACUGAGUGUUGAAGCAUCGACCACCUCUAGCAGCAUAUUGGCCACCACAAGCACCCCAAGCACCCCUGCACCUCCCGCUACAGAGCUAUUCUACAUUACUUCCAAAAGCGUCCAGCUGACCAAGCGGGACCUUAAGUACUUGGGGUGGGCUAAUGGACUCGGUGCCUUGGUUAGCGGACGGUCUUCGGCAGCGCAGUUUUUCUUGGACACUGAGGGCUACUUGCGAGUAGGUUCGUCUUAUGUGGAUUCAGAUGCCAGUGAACCGUAUCUUAUCUUCCACUUAAUUACGACCAAGAGUGGUAACCUCUCUAAAUGGGCUAUCGACGCCGAUGGGAUCCUUUCGCUUCAGUCGCACAGUGCCUCCACCUGCGUCGAUCAAUCAGGCACUGUCUUCAUCGUCUUCGGAAGCUCGGGACCAAGUGGUUGCUUUGCAACUGUCCUUGAUAUCACCCCUGUUGCUAGUGAAACCUCGUCGACAACCACGACAACCACGCCAAAGACUACGUCCACCACAAGUGUCCUGUCCCCUCAUUCGAGCUACCCAACGGGCGCCAACUGGAGCGAUUGGAAUGGCAAUGGGACGCCUUGGUUGGAUUGGACGUCUACGUCAAGAGCUUCUUCAAGCACCACGACCUCUCCUAUCCCAGUUGACGCUAUCACUACUAGCACCAGUGCGUAUUUGAGCUCAACCUCCCACUUCGCUCACCCUUCGAGUGGCAAUUGGUCGAACUUCAAUGACUCAAACUCUGUCUGGCUGGACUGGAGCUUGACCUCUACAACGACGAGCCUCACCACUUCAGCGUUGCCGGUGGAUGCCAUGACCACCAGUACGAGCCACCACGCCACCACGAGCUCAACGUCCGCACAUCCUCCUGGCGGAGACUGGGCAAAGGGCAACUGGACAAACUUUAAUGACUCAAAUUCAGUCUGGCUGGAUUGGAGCUUGACCUCCUCGAGCACGACUACUUCACCUUUGCCGGUCGGCGUUGUAAGCACAUCAACUACGAGCUCUGCAUUCCCGCAUCCCACAAGUGGCAACUGGACUAACUAUAAUGACACGAACUCCGUGUGGUUGGAUUGGACUCGAACCACCACCAGUACGAGCACCUUGUAUGUCACAUCGACCUCGUCGCCAACCACAACAACCAGCAGGACACAAAACACACCAUUUGAUGCCACCACGACCCGGUCGUCCUCGUCGAAAAGCACUUCGGCCUCCGCCUUCCCCACGACCCCGCCACACUCUGGAUCAGGAAAUUGGUCGAACUACAAUGACUCUAAUUCGAUCUGGCUAGACUGGACAACUACCAGCAGUUCGACUGUUUCAACCACAUCCAGCUCGCAGGCAGGACACUCGACAGUCCCUGCCUUUAGCGGAACAGGCAACUGGACACACUUCAACGAUUCGAACUCGAUCUGGUUAGACUGGACGACUACGAGCAGCUCAGUGGUCUCCAGCACCGUCAGCACGACGUCCACCCUCUCUGUUGGGAACGCGCUGACAAGCACUACUUCGUUGACUUCAUCUCCAUCCACGAGAAGCUCUCUAAAAGCCCACCCUACUAUUCCUGCCUACAACGGGUCUUAUCCCUCUGUGAAUUGGACGGACUGGAACGGUACGGCGCAGUGGGAUGUCACGACGCCGUCGAGCUUGACCACGACAACGUCAGUUCUAUACGUGCUCCCCACGACCACCACCAGCGUAACUACAACAGUCGCGUUUUCUAGACCAUGGCCAACACAAACAGCGUCUUCUAAUCACAACGGGACGGCAGGAGAUUGGGCCAGCAACUCGACAUACCCUGCUCAUAACACGUCCUCCUGUGAUGCCGCCGCGCCAUCGCAGAUUCUUCGGAAUCCGAGCUUCGAAUGUAGCGAGACUGGUUGGACACUGGAUGAAGUGGACAUUGUAUGGGGAGGUGUUUCCGACUCUUCGCCCACGCCUGAACGCAGACGCGACAUUUCGUCGCCAGAUGAAGCCUACGAAGGUAAAGGAUUCGCACGGUUCCGACCCACUUUCGAAGACGUGACCGCUACUCUGGCGCAAACACUCGACACUCCAGCCACGAAGGGAUCUUAUUGGUACUCUUUCGCGUACAGAGUUCCCGUUUCAGGAGACGCUCCCGAUGAGUGCAGCUUGACCGUCUCCAAUGAUGAGGGAACCCUAGCGACGAUUGGCUCUUUGUCGACCGCCAGUGCUUGGACCAUGACCGGACUAGAAUUCCAGAUCACGUCUUCUGCAAGCACCUUCUCCUUCGUCUUCAGCUGCGAUGGGGUGGAUACAACGUCUCCACUCCUGGAUAUUGACAAUAUCAGGUUGGGUCCCAGCAGCGGCAGCUGGACAGGUGGUGGGAAUGGGACCACUGGAGGAUAUUCCAACAGCACUGGUCUUCCGACUUGGGGGAACGCCCCUGGCACGAACGUGACCUUCGAUCCGCCUCCAUCCAACUCGAGCAGUCCGUACGGCGGCCUUACGACCAGGUCUUCUCCACCAGCUCUAGCAACUACAAGCACCACCGAUGCUGCUGCGCUGGCACCGUCGCACACAUUGACAACACCUUCGGCAGCGGAGCCAUCUAGCACGACCACGACCACGGAUCCGACUGUGCCUCCCUAUUCUGCUCCGACUUCAACAACAUCGGGAGCAUCGGCCGAUCUUCCGGCCUUCACUGCACCCCCGAGACAUCGUUAUCAUAGGAGAUCGGCGUAG